GGGAGGGGAGAAGAGGGCGGCGAGACCUUUCUAGGCGCCGCUUGGUGGGCUCCGGAGAGGGCGAAAGGAGGGGCGACGGCCAGCGAGUCUGGGCCUUCCCCGGGCUGAGCCCCGGGAGGGUGGAGUUAGGAGCAUGGCAGCCCUGUCGCUUUUCCUUUCUGCUUUCCCCGUGUGCACUCAGAUACGUCCUUUUUUUGGAGUCGGUCCCCAGUCAGAGGAGUGACUCUCACAGUCACAGCCCUCUUUUUCCAGCUGCAGGACCCCGGGACGUUUACCUUCUGGGCAACUUGUCGGACGAUCUGUGCCCGACUAGAUAGUUUGGGACUGUCGUGCAUCUGCUUUCCAGUUUUGUCUGAAAGGAAACUACCAGAGUUCCUGUGGAAGUAAAGUAGAAUUUCAUAAGAACAUAAUGGAUGGAGAAGAGAAAACCUAUGGUGGGUGUGAAGGCCCUGAUGCCAUGUAUGUCAAAUUGAUAUCUUCGGAUGGUCAUGAAUUUAUUGUAAAAAGAGAACAUGCACUAACAUCCGGAACAAUAAAAGCCAUGUUGAGUGGCCCAGGUCAGUUUGCUGAGAACGAAACUAAUGAAGUCAAUUUUAGAGAGAUACCUUCACACGUGCUAUCAAAAGUAUGCAUGUAUUUUACCUACAAGGUUCGCUACACUAACAGCUCCACAGAGAUUCCUGAAUUCCCAAUUGCACCUGAAAUUGCACUGGAACUGCUGAUGGCUGCGAACUUCCUAGAUUGUUAAAUAAAAUAAAUUAUAAUAAACUGUUAACUUUUUUCAGUAUUUAAUACCUGUAGUUCAGUUAGUAAUUUUUUCAUAUUUAGCAUGUUGCCUGUGUGCAGUUGAACUUUAAAGUUCAUUGCAAAGCAGAUUAUCUUCUGUUCUUUUGCAUAGCAAUCAGAGUUGAAUUUGUUUGCUACAUCAACAAAUUAAGGACAUUUUCACAAAUUGAGAAAUAAACAAAUAUGCCAAUUCGUAGGUGGUUUUGCCUUAUCCUUUGGAUGUGAUUUUUAAAAUUAGAGCAGUGGUGAAAUAGUAAAUACUGAAAUUUAAGCAUAAAUGAACACAUUCUACAGGUAAAUAAUGGGGCUACGUAUUUUUGUGUUUUUAGUGUUUUUUUUUAAACCUAUUCUGAUCUUAUAACUGUUGUUAGCAUUACUAGAGAUAUGCAAAUAAUUGCAUUAUAAACAUGUUUAUAACUUAGCCAGAACAUUGAUUUUUAUAAUUGUCAAAGACAUAAGAGUUGACAUUUCUUAGGUGUCUUUUGAUAAACUGCAGUAUUAAGUGUA